AAACAAGUUAAAUCGUUCAAAAAUCGGGAUUUUGUUAAAUUUCUGGUGCUUUGCAUUGAAUCAACAAUGUCAGAUCAGAAGAAAAAAAGUAAAAAAUCGAAGGAGGAAAUAGCCCGACAGUUCGAUCUUCCGGAGCGAAAAAGUAAGAUCGCGACAAUACUGAAACAGGAUGGCCAAGCGUACUGCAUCUGUCGGUCUUCCGAUUCGUCACGGUUUAUGAUCGGUUGCGAUGCCUGUGAGGAAUGGUACCACGGCGAUUGUAUCAACGUUUCGGAAAAGGAGGCAAAACACAUCAAGCACUACUACUGUCAGCGCUGCAAGGAGGAAGAUCCGUCGCUGCAGACCGUCUUUCGUUUGGUGCCGGCACAAGCGCCGGUAAAUAAUUCCGACGAAAAGAAGCAGAAAAAGCCGAAGGAAAAAGGAACAGGCAGCAAAUCGGAAAAACGAUGUGGUCAAUGCGAGGGUUGCAAUGCGCAAAGCUGCGGAAGCUGCGAUGCUUGUCUGGGAUAUAUGGCUAACGGACGGAAGCAACGGUGUGAGUUGAGACAAUGUACCAAUACGGUCAGCAGGAAAAAAGACCGAGAAUCGAAAGCGGCAUCUCGAGCUAAGAAGCGGAAAAGAUCAUUGACUCCGGAGGUGGUGCGAAAUCCCGCUUUGGAAGGUGACCGGCAAUGUUUUGGACCGGGGUGUAUAAUGACGGCGAGACCGCAAUCAAAGUAUUGCUCCGACCACUGUGGUAUGAAGCUGGCAACCAGCCGAAUUUAUCAAGUUCUUCCCCAGCGCAUUCAGGAAUGGUCGCUAAGCCCGGCGAUUUGCGAGGAACAGAACAAAAAGGCCCUUGAAGCCAUUCGAACAAAGCAAACCAUUGUCCGAGCGACUCUAGCGGAACUGGAUAAGCGGCAUGCCGAAUUAGAUCUGCUGGUUGAUCGUGCCAAGCGGUGCACCCUGGACCCGAACGCUCUGGACAACAACGACGUAGAGGAUGAAAUGUCUACCUAUUGUAUCACCUGCGGGCACGAGAUUCACUCCAAAACGGCGAUACGGCACAUGGAAAAAUGCUUCAACAAGUACGAAAGCCAGGCAAGUUUUGGCAGCAUCUUCAAAACGCGAAUCGAAGGCAAUUCGAUGUUUUGCGAUUUCUACAAUCCGGCCAGCAAAACGUACUGCAAGCGGUUGCGUGUGCUGUGCCCCGAGCACUGCAAGGAUCCGAAAGUGAGCGACACGGACGUGUGCGGUUGUCCACUGGUGCGCAACGUUUUCCAGCUGACCGGGGAGUUUUGUCGGGCUCCUAAGAAAUCCUGUUUCAAGCAUUACGUGUGGGAGAAAAUUCGAAGGGCGGAAAUAGAUCUAGAGCGCGUUCGGCAGUGGUUGAAAAUGGAUGAACUCGUCGAACAGGAGCGCCAAAUUCGGCAGGCCAUGGCAUCGCGCGCCGGUGUCUUGGGACUUAUGUUGCAUUCGACGUACAACCAUGAAAUUAUGGAGAAACUUUGCAGUGGAAAACUUCAAUAAGAUAGUUCAGAUCAUGUAGUUUAAAAAAAACAUAACCGUUUAUUUCAACUUCUCUCACUCAUUUUCGUUUUUGUUUCAAACUACGGGAACAAUAUUUUAAUAAAUAA